AUGUUGAAGGUGGCUCUGGUCACUGACGCAGACCAGGGAAUCGGUACGGACAUCGUGAAGUAUCUGAGCAAGAAGUUUGACGGCGUUUUUAUUUUCACCACUCGGGACGAAGAGAAAGGCAUGCUCGCUACCACUGCUUUGAAGAACCUCGGCCUUAAAGUAGAAUAUCACCAACUGGACAUCUCGAGCAGAGAGAGCAUAACGCGCUUCCGCAACUACAUCCAGCUGAACUUCAGUGGCAUCGAUACUUUAGUCAACAAUGUCGCUAUCGAUAACAACGGUGCCCACAUUUGUGAAUCUUUCGAGAAAGCAAAAAAAAUCGUGACAGAGUAUUAUUAUAGCUAUGUAUUGAUUCAAGAGUUGUUGUUUCCUUUGCUCGUUGAAAAUGCGAAAGUGAUUUACGUUUCAAAGCAAAGUGAUAUAAGCUGUGUGAGAAAUGAGUAUUGGCACGAGAGACUGUCUAUGAAACAUCUAAGGGAAGCUGAUAUAAAUGAUUUCUUGGUGUGGUAUUUGGACUCACUGAAGAAUGGAACGUACAAUCCCGGGGAUAUCGUGGAGGAUGGAAUGGUCGCGCCUUACAGGGUCGCCAUUGUGGCGCUGAGUUUGCUGGUGAUGCUGCAACGGAAGAAACUGCUUUUGGGAACCAUAUCCGUGGAUUUCUUCUAUCCUAGAUGUUUUUUUAAAAGUCUUUUCAAAUGA